UUGAUUGAGACUCAGUACAGUGACAGAGCUGACCAUCCACUUUCGCCGUUUCGGUCGGUGGUGCAGCUGCAGUUACAGAGUGUAGUUCACUGUUCAGUGCGUGCCGCACCCGCACCUACGCAGUUGUCCGCGGAUAUGAUGUUUCAAACAGUUUUGAAAUGAAAUGAAUGAAAAUACAGCCUCCUGCCUGAUGCAGUUGUACUACUUCUUGUAGCGUGCGUCUGAAUUUAUACGACCGCUGUCACUGACCGUGGGGGCGCUAAGCGAUGGCCGAGAGUGGCAGUGGAGCGUCGUCCGCUUCUGGAAUAGGGCCAAGUGGCGGACUGUCAACUGCUCUAGUGAGAGGUGUAGUUAGCAGUGUCGACGGUGUCAGCUAUGAAGUCAUCUUCAAGACGGGCAUGCCCUAUUACGCCAAACCGGAUAACAAGGUUCGCCGAACCCAGCGGGAAUUUGAGUGGCUGUGCAAGCGACUGGGACGCUCAUCAUUCCAAGUUCCAUUCGGCGAGAGCGAAGAUAGCGAUGAAGACAUGAGACGAUUGCAGGGUCUUCUUAUGACUGUGGUCCUAGAUCCGGCCUUGCAGUGCACACCAGCAGUGAGGGUGUUUCUAUGCUCACAAGUGGAAAUCCCACUGGAUCUGUCUGAAGAACAACUACAGGAAGAGCAUGACUUACUGACGGACUGUACGGAGGACGACCUGGAGGAGAAAUCCAUGGAGGAGUUACGGAGUAUUUGCCUACGGCAUGGCCUGAGUGCCGUUGCGUCGUUCAGCGACCGCGAUUACUUUGUGGAGCGUAUCGUAACGCACUCACAGAAGCAGCUGGAGAAAGAUCUGGACUGGCUGGAAGGUGCCGUCAAGUCUCUUGGUGGUGGCUGGAUGGAUGUGGAUGACAAAAUCACUUUGCAGCCAACAUCCACACUAUGUUUACCGGAAAUCGAGGCGGCGCUGACAUCCAUCGAGGACUCGUCAGCCGCUGCUGAUGCUCUGCUGCCGUUUGAAGAGCCGUCGCUUCGGAAGCAAGAACUCGUACCGUCGGCAGACCUACCCGAGGAUCUGCUCAAGGCACUGCAAGACCCGUACGCUGCCGCAAUGGCCGAGGCUGCAUUGAACCUGGACGCAGCCGUGGGAGACACGGGUUAAUACAAGUAGCCGCACAACGUCUACCAGAAGACAAUCAGCAUGAUUCAAGAUAUUGAGAAAUUCUACAAUUAUCACUGGGCAGUCAUUCGUCACAGGUAGUACAAUAUGAUGUAGUGCAUGUGUCUGCAGUAUGAUGGUCUGUUCCGACACAGGGGACGCCACAGUCCACGGUUCCUUCUGCAGUACUGGCCUUUAGGAAUUGCUUUACUUUCAGAACACUACUACUACUACCCUCACUGUUCUCUGACUGCACUGUUGAUUUGAGUUGUGGCAUAGAGUGUGCUGCAGUAUAGAGUGUGCCGAAGUAUAGAGUGAAUGCUAAGCCGAAGUCAGUAUCACUAUUUCAUACUACCCUUGCUUGUAGUAGUGUUAUUUGCACAUUCUUUUACUGCAAAGAUCACAUCCCUAUCAUAGUUGCACAGAUCA